UCCGGCUUCUCCCGCUUUGAAAAUAAUUUUAUUAAAAGAAGCAGCAACUUAUUUAUUAUUUAGAAAACCAACAAUGUCUGGUUUGGAGUCAUAUGUGAAUACUACUGUAUCGAUCAUAACCGCUGAUGGGCGGAACUUUGUCGGCACAAUGAAAGGAUUCGAUCAAACUAUCAAUAUAAUCCUGGACGAAUCGCACGAGCGCGUGUACUCCAUGAAUGCAGGUAUCGAGCAAGUCGUUUUAGGGCUACAUAUCAUACGUGGGGACAAUGUAGCUAUAAUUGGACAGCUCGACGAGAGUAUAGACAGCAAGCUGGACUUUUCUUCCAUCCGAGGAACGCCGCUCGAACCAGUCGUUCACUAACAAGUUAAUUUAGUUGUAAGGUACAUUAAUAAAUCGUUUA